GACAGAAAGAUGGUCUCUCUUUUCUUCUGCUUUUUUCUCUGGGCAAUUCUGAGGAUUGCUCCCAACUGCCAUGUCAUUUCCAUCCUCGCCGCCGUCCCUGCCCGACCAUGUGUUCAAUGAUCCGCCGAGCUCGCCGCCGCUGCCUCCGGCCGCUUUCCCAUCGCGAAAACGACAGGCGCGUUGGGACUACGAUAGCAGCAUGAGCAGUGACCCUAUCUUCAGCGAGGAUGCGUCAGAAGAGUCUGAGGCCACAGGAAUCAAGCGCAAGAGAUAUGUGCGCGGCCCUUGGUACCAGCACGCCCAGUCUCCGGCUGUGUCACGCAUACGAGGCGACAAGCCGAAGGGCGACAGCGGCGUGUGGUUGGGCUCUGAUAGCUCGACCGACAGCAUUGGCAGUAGCAAUCGUCGCAUGCAGAGUUUGACCUUUAACGAGUACAUGACAAAGGGCGCCCCUCUCACCCAGAGGAACCCUCCCACUCCGACCAAACCCAAAGACCAAUUCCAAGAAGCGGCCGCCAGCAUAGUCUUCAAGUAUGUCGACGCGUGUAAGGACACAAUCGAUCUCUCGGACAUGCACCUUGGCCAUCUAGAAAACGAUACCCUCCGACCGCUUCACCAGCUUAUCCGUCUCCCUGUACCCAUCAACGACGCCCAAAAGAUUACCGACGACCAUUUUGCACCUCUCACACCCAGUAUCAAACUGUUCCUGUCCAGAAACGACCUGCAGAAGCUACCAUCCGAGCUGUGGAACUUGGGCAAUCUGGCUGUCCUCAGUCUGCGCUCCAACUCGUUGACUGAGAUAUCACCUUCAAUUGGCCGUCUCCGCAACCUAUACGAGUUGAACAUCGCUGGCAAUCAGCUGCCAUUCCUCCCUUUCGAACUCCUCGCAUUGGUGGAGAACAAGCUCGUCCAGCUUUCUCUGGGCCCGAACCCUUUUGUGCAACCUCUGCCACCAUCAACUUCUACAGUGCCCAGAAAUGUACCUUCGAAGCUUGAGUCCUGCUUGCAUGAACUGCGUCGUCUACGCUCGCGCUGCCCUACCAUCGACAGUACUGAGCCUUCGCACGAGGCUUUGCUUGACCGUUUCUAUGCGGCUCGUUUAUACGACGUUUCCAGGGAGCUUAGUCCCAAAACGACUUAUGUUGCUUCGUCAUCCACAUCUUUCUUCGAAAUCGACGGUCAAGUCGUCCGAUCGCCCUUCCGAUCAAACGCGUCCUAUUCCGAACCAACAUAUUCGGCUUCGUUCAAACGUCCGUCACCGCCUUCGGCAAUACGCUCUGCGGCACCCUCUCUAUUUGAAUUAAGUGCUCGUGCGUGUGCUCGCUCUCAAUAUGUCGGACAGUUAGAUUCGCUUCUACCUGAAGACGCCUCUCCACCCGUCACCAAAGCAAUCGACAAAGUCAAGGAAAGCAAAGAGCUAGGCAUGCAGCACUGCUCUGUCUGCAACAAACAAUUCCUCGUGCCCCGUGCACAAUGGGUUGAAUACUACUACGUCGGACCUGGUAACGAGAAGUGCUCACCGAAAGAGUUAUUCCGUCCCUUUUUGCGCAGGUCUUGCUCUUGGGUUUGCGUUGAUCGUUUAGCUGCCCAAAGAGAGAAGUAUUGGGAAGAUUGCGAGAAGCUGGUUCUCGAAUACGGAGGAUUAAGAUGAUUUAUUCUGGCCAUGGCAGCAGGUCUGAUCCGUAGCCCUUUUGGAAACGUACAUACUCCAUUAAUUUGUAUAUUUCUCACUGAUCAUGUCAAUCCCCUGGCUUUAGGUGUGU